AUCUAGUCAUCUACUACUCCACUUGCUAGUGAAUCACAACACAGUAGCACCAUCGCCGGCACCGCCAACGCAAGCGAGCAAUGUCGGCCUGGAAAACAUCCCCGGCAGUGUCCUCCUUGCCGCUCUGCACAGUCCAAGGUUCUCUCCUCACCCUCGCCAUCCUAACCCUCUUCUCCUUCACCUAUUUCUCCUUCAAUUCUCUCCGCUCCCCUCUCUCUUCCACCUCCUCUUCUUCUUCAACCACUCAGCUUUCUGUUGCUAAAAUGGUUCCUGGAGAUCAUAUGGUGGAGAGGCAUUACAGGCAGGCGGAGCGGCUUUCGGUUUACCAUUCCCCUGACGUUUUCAGGUUCAAUUAUGCCGAGAUGGAGCGCAAAUUUAAGGUGUACAUAUACCCGGACGGGGAUCCCGAUACGUUCUACCAGACGCCCAGGAAGCUCACAGGGAAGUACGCCAGCGAGGGCUAUUUCUUCCAGAACAUUCGCGAGAGUCCUUUCCGCACCGACGAUCCCAAUCAGGCUCACCUCUUCUUCAUUCCCAUCUCCUGCCACAAGAUGCGAGGCAAGGGAACUUCUUACGAGAAUAUGACUGUAAUUGUCCAGAAUUAUGUGCAAAGCUUAAUUUCCAAGUAUCCUUACUGGAAUCGAACCUUAGGAGCAGAUCAUUUUUUUGUCACUUGUCAUGAUGUUGGUGUUAGGGCUACAGAAGGUCUUCCGCUUCUUGUAAAGAACUCAAUUCGGGCUGUGUGCUCCCCAAGUUAUGAUGUUGGAUUCAUUCCACACAAAGAUGUUGCCCUUCCUCAAGUACUGCAGCCAUUUGCUCUUCCAGCUGGUGGAAAUGAUCUUGAAAACAGGACAACACUUGGUUUUUGGGCUGGACAUCGGAACUCCAAAAUCAGAGUUAUACUAGCACGAGUUUGGGAGAAUGACACAGAACUUGAUAUUUCCAAUAACAGAAUAAAUAGGGCUAUGGGACCACUGCUAUAUCAAAAGAGAUUUUAUACGACUAAGUUCUGCAUAUGCCCUGGUGGUUCCCAGGUUAACAGUGCUCGCAUAACCGACUCAAUCCAUUAUGGAUGUGUACCUGUGAUAUUGUCAAAUUAUUAUGACCUGCCAUUCAAUGAUAUUCUUGAUUGGCAUAAAUUUGCUGUCGUGCUUAAGGAGAAUGAUGUAUACCAGCUUAAGCAAAUUCUCAAGGACAUAUCUGAUGCCGAGUUUGUUGCACUGCAUAAGAACCUAGUUAAGGUCCAGAGACACUUCCAGUGGAACUCUCCACCCAUCAAAUAUGAUGCAUUCCAUAUGGUCAUGUAUGAGCUUUGGCUGCGCCACCAUGUCAUCAAAUACUGAUUUGUUUAUAAUUCCAGCUAGCUUUCUGUACAUUUACUGGCUAGUAACCCAAAAGCUUGUAAAUUGUCACACACGGUUCUCUCAUCUUUCCUAGUUAGCUUAUGAUGAAGGGAAGUAAAGUUACUGGUUCCCCAAUGGUUCAUUACAUGUUCUUUUGGUUAAGGUCUCCCUGCCUUUUUGUACCUGUCAUUUUGGUAUUUAACUUCUCGUUGGAUACAAGACACAAGUCUUUUUUGUUGUGUUUUUUUUUUUUGGUUUUCUGAGGGAUGUGUCUCACUAUAUGGUUGCUACAACGGAUGCUUCCGAGCUGCAGCUUGGGUAAAUUGAAGCAAAGAUGUCAUGAUCCUGACUGGGGUUCAAGCUUUUGAAGAUUUGGUUUGGGUUUCAGCUCCGAAGAAUUUUCUUUUACGCCGAAGGUGCCAGAGGUCGAACCAGGUGACAUGUUUCGUGCUCUGUCUUAAUAUUUUUUCCCUUAAAAAACGAUUGUAAUUUGUUGGAAAUGCAGAAUUUCUCAGAAGAGAAAAGAGAAACGAGCUCUCGUGUAUUGGUCUCAGUA